CAUGGUUGCUCUGAAUGGGGCUUUUGACCUGGACCAGACACACGACACAGAUAUAUUGCACAGCAUGGCAGAAUCCGAGUUCAAACACGCACCAUCAGUGUCGUUCGACGAGAUCGACUACAGAAACGAGGUGGACCUGAAGAAGGCGCAGGAGUCGAUGUUGAAGGAGCAGUUUGUGAAGAUCGAGGUGGUUAAGAUCGUCAGAAAGGCCUUGGAGAACUGUUUCAAGGUCAACGGUCCAAACGGAUACGAGGACUGUCGGGAGAUUGCUGACAAGUACAUGGCGCUUCUUCCAGAGUCCAGGGCCCAAGGUUACUUGGGGUACCAAAGAAACGACCCAACGAAAUAAGCCUUUUCGCCUCGGCAGCCCCAGCCCACACAACACCCGUGGCUGUCAAACAUUCGAUCGAUCAUUCCCACACACAAUGCAACUCUGUUGCGUCCUCGUGCUGGAACACAUCCAUGGUUCCGUUCAGACCUUCUGAAACACAGCGCAGAGGUGACAAUCUCUUCCACUUAUUCUUAAAUAAUCGACACCAUCCACACCGUCAUCAUCAUUAUUUAUUACGUUUUUUUAUAUUUAUACACAGC